AGUUGAUAGUUCAUUGGCCGAGACCCAGAAGAAGGAUUUAAGAUAUUUUAUCACAAUAUUUAUUUUAAUUAAAUUAACAUUAAACUCCUGUAUCAGUUAUGGAAGUUAAAAGUAAAAUUAAGAAAGAGUUCACUGAAUAUGACCAAACAUCAGAAGGUCAUCUAUGGACAUCAGUAGAUCUCCAAAACUUAAAAAAUGAACCAAAGGAAGAGCACCCAGCUGUGGAAGUUAAAGUUGAAAAAGAAGAAUUUGCAGAAUAUGUCCAUAAUGAUAUAGAUAAUCACCAGCUAUCCACAUCAAUACAUCUUCAAGAACUGAAGGAUGAACCAGAAGAAAAUCAACCAGGUUGUUUACGCAAUAAGAACAUAAUGAAAAUUAUGAAAACACCUGAACAUUCAUCUCAUAAAGAAGAUUUGGGUAGAUACAUUGAAGAAAAAACAUUAAGUAAAAUUAUAAUAGUUAAAACCGGAAAUGGACUUUACACGUGUGCAAUUUGUUUAAAACAAUUUUCCCGUCGAUUUAAUCUGAAAUUACAUUCUUUAAUACAUACUGGAGAAAAACCUCAUAAAUGUGAAAUUUGUUCGAAACCGUUUACAUUAGCAUCUAAUUUGAAAAGACAUUUGAUAACACACACUGGAGAAAAGCCUCAUAAAAAACCUUUUAUAUGUGAAAUUUGUUUGAAGCACUUUACUCAAGCUGGUCAUUUGAAAUCACAUAUGGUGACUCACACUGGAGAAAAGCCGUACAAGUGUGAUAUCUGUUUGAAACAGUUUAAUAGAACAGGUACUCUGAAAUCGCAUAUGAUGAUUCACACUGGCGAAAAGCCUUACAAGUGCGAAAUUUGUUUUAAGCAUUUUACUAAAUCCAGUCAUUUGAAACCACAUAUGAUGACUCACACUGGAGAGAAGCCUUACCAGUGCGAAAUUUGUUUUAAACAGUUUACUCAUGCCGGUAAUUUGAAAUUACAUAUGAUGAUUCACACUGGAGAAAAACCACAGAAAUGUAAAAUUUGUUGCAGGCAGUUUAUUGCACUAAGUAAUCUGAAAAUACAUAUGAUGACUCACACUGGAGAAAUGCCACACAAAUGCGAAAUUUGUUUUAAGCAGUUUACUAAAUCCAAUCAUUUGAAAUCACAUAUGAUGACUCACACUAUAGAGAAGCCUUACAAGUGCGAAAUUUGUUUUAAACAGUUUACUCAUGCCGGUAAUUUGAAAUCGCAUAUGAUGAUUCACACUGGAGAAAAGUCUUACAAGUGAUAUUGGUUUUCAGUAAGUUACUCAGGCAAGUAAUUUGAAAUCCCAUUUGAAAAUACACUGGAGAAAAGUCUUUCAAAUGUGACAUUUUCUUUAAUCAAUUUACGCAAGUAAUUCAUUUGAAAAGACACACUAGAGAUACAGCUUUAUGGUAGGGGAGCAAAGUAUGCUAAAUGUGCAGUCACUCGAGCGUUAUGGGGACCUAUUGGGUUAUGAAGAGUUGGUCCUAAAACCAAAAAAAGUAAAGUUUUCCAUUUUAGUGGGAACUUUCCAUUUUUAAUUUAAUUUUCCAUUUCCAACAAUCGUGUUUUUAGAUUAUAGCGUCAUCUAUCCAUAAUUCGAAAAAUGCCUCGAAUAAAAGUUACGUAUUUUUAGGUAAGGAAUCCAAAUCUGCCAUAAAAAAUGGGGCUUCCAUUUAAGAUUUUAAAGUAACCCCCCACCCCACUUCCGUGGGGGGUCGUGUUUGGUGCCAUUCGAUAGAUUUUUCAAAAAUAUUGAAUACGUGUUUUUUCAGUUUUUCGAUCUGAUGUUCAUUUCGCGAAAUAUCGCGGGAUUCGUAUUUAAAAUUUUAAAUCUAUCCCGCUCCCCUCUCCGUGGGAAGUCGUGUUUGGUAUCAUUCGAUAGAUUUUUGAAAACUAUUGAGCAGGUAUUUUUUAGUUUCUCGAUCUGUCAUUCAUUUCACGAAAUAUUCGCUUUUUUCUUAUGAAAUUUUGGGACUCGCCUAUUUCCUUACGCCCCGCUCAAAUCGUCACAUUUUUAAAUAUACACUAUUUUGCAUGUACUUCACUUACCUUAUCUUAAUCUGACGAUUUCGUGUUUUUCUAAGGAUAGAUUUUUUUUUCGGCCCCCCCUUAACGAACUCCCCUGCAUUAAGAGCCAAUAUAUGGUAGAGGUACAUUUUCAGGGUACAAGGUUUCUCCCCAUGUAAUAAUCUGACGCGCUCGAGUAACUGCAAAAAUCCCCGCUUGGGCUCCCCUACCAUUAUAAGUAUCGUUUUGAAGUUAUUUUCUUGUGACACCGUAAUGCAAUUUACUAUUUGGUUGGGUCUUCUUCUUCUUCUUCUUCUUCUUCUUCUUCUUCUUCUUCUUCUUCUUCUUCUUCUUCUCCUUCUCCUUCUUCUUCUUCUUUUAUAUAGGCAGUAUUGCCUGUUUUUUUUUCUUCAACGGUGCCUUUCAUUCUGCCCCUAAGUUGUCAUUCCAUCUUUUCCUUGGGUGUCCUAUACUUCUUCUGCCUAACGGUGACUUGUCCCUGGCUAUUCUUACUAUCCUUGAUUCAGACAUCCUGCUUAUGUGUUGAUUCCACUCUUCUCUUCUUUACCCGGGUAUUUAGGUAUAUUGUCUACCCCACAUAUGCGUCUGAUUUCCUCACUUCUUACCCUAUCGUGUAGUCCUUUUCCAGCAAUCCUUCUUAAGAUCUUCAUUUCGUUGGUCUCCAAAUGUCUUCAUGUUUUGCUUGUAUCUGGUCUUGUUUCGGCCGUGUAAGUCAUAACUGGCCUAAUAGCUGACUUGUAUAUUCGGGCCUUUGUUUCGAAUCUUAGAUUUUUGUUUUUCCAAAUUGUGUCGUUUAGGUGUUCGGCCGUUUUACUGCUUUAAUUAGUUGGUCUUUUACCUCUUCUUCGAUAUUGUUGUCGGCUGAUAGAUUAAUUCCCAGGUAUUUGAAAGUCAUUACUUGUAUAACUUGAUUGUCUAACUCCAAUUUGCAUCUUAUUGGUUCUUUGGCUAUUACUAAGCUUUUUGUUUUUUGAGCUGUUAUUUUCAUAUUCAUUUCUUUUGCGUUAAUGUUGAAUUCGUGCAGUAAUCUUUGUAGGUCGUCUUCGCACUCUGCUACUAACACGGUGUCAUCAGCGUAACAGAGUACUUUUAUCUCUCUACCGCCCAUUUUGUACCCUCUUUUUUUCUUCACUUGUUUUAUUAUUCCAUCCAACAUUAUGUUUAACAGUAGAGGGUUUAGUGAAUCUCAUUGUCUAAUUCCUGUGUUUCUUCUAUGGGUUCUGUUAUUAUUCCAUUGACUUUCAUUUUUAUUUUAUUUCUUACAUUAUGUUUUCUAUCAGUUUUAUGAUAUCCAGUGGUAAAUUUUUGUCAUAGUAGGUGUAUCACAUCUUUUAAUUGGAUUCAAUCAAACGCUUUCUCUAGGUGUAUAAAACAGAAAAAGGCUGGUUUAUUAUAUUCUAAUGAUUCUAAUGAUCUUUCCGCUAUUUGCCUUAUCACAAAAACUGCAUCGUUACUUGAUCUUCCACUUCUAAAUCCUUGUUGUUCAUGCGAUAUAUUUAUGCACGCCAUUAUUUUCUCCAUCAGUAUUUUUGUUUGAGUUUCAGUAUAGUGCUCAGUAAAUUUAUCCCUCUAUAGUUACUGUGGUCUGCUCAUCCGAUUCUAAUACACACUGGUGUUUCCAGUUCUUCGUUAUUAGCUGUUUGAUACAGGUUUUUUAGGUAAGUUUUCCAUGUAUUUGUAUCAAUAUGUUUUACUUCUAUCAGUUCCUUCAUUUCUGCUCUUUGACCUCUUAUCAUUUUCCACAUUCCCUUUUGCAUCCCCUAGAAGUAUUGCCCCAUCUCUUUUAAAAUGCUUCCCAAUGUUUUGUUUUCUUCCUUCUUACUAUUGAGUUUAAUUAAUUUCGUCCUCCUUUAUAUUCUUCAUAUGUUUGUCUCGUUCUUUUGGACUUAUAUUCUAGGUAGAUUUUCUUUUUUUCUUGGCAUUUUAUUUUUAUAACUUCACAGAACCAUUGUGUUCUCCUUUUCUUUCGCGUAUGUUUCUUAUCUUAUCUGUUUCUUAUCUUUCGUGUAUGUGUUAUCUUAUGUUCUCCAAGUGCUUCCCUUGCUGCCAUUUUGAUAUUAUCUCUGAUCUUCCUCCAACUUUCUUCUAUGUCUGAAACAGUCUCAAAUUCAUCGCCUUAUAAAUGAACCAGUCCGUCCCUGUGGUGACGAAUGAAUUAGAUGCAAGCGUUAUAAUGCAAAACCUUUUUUUGUAUAUAUCCCACUAUCUGUGACGAUAUGUUUUUCGUUUGCCAUUAAAAUACCAAGAAGUAGCACCAAGUGUUUAUUCUUCGUCUAGUUAUCAAAAGAAUUUA